UAUUCCGCGAGUCGCGACUUUCUCUUAUCACUGCUCGCGGAAUAUUCCGCGUAUGACACAGUUCACGUUUUGUUGUCAAUCUGUGAGCAUUUGAGCUAUUUUCAUUGCAUUCUUAACAAAUCUUACUUUUGUUAAUUGUUGUGUAGAUCUUUCUAACUGCCGUUAAGACUGCCCCAAUGGACUAUUUUGACGAUUCGGAUUCAAGUGUAGAAAUAAGAUAUACUCGAAGACGUAUCCGUCGUAUUUCAUCAAGUGAUGACAGCGAAGUUGAUCAAUGCGGUAGUUUUAUAAAUGGAGAUUACGUAUGGAAACCCCAAAAUCACACACCGAUUGUACAUGAUUUUUCAGGCGUGAGCGGUGUAACUGUAAAUACACAAAAUCUGUCGAGAAGGGAAGUCUUUGAAUUAUUUUUUAACGAAGAACUAGUUAGAAAAAUAAUUUCGGAAACAAAUAAAUACGGAGCAACUAACGCAGAUUUUGUACCAGUUACAGACGAUGAACUAAAAAUAUUUAUUGCUUUAAACAUUUUAAUGAGUUUAGUUCCUAAGCCCACUAUUCAGAGUUAUUGGACCAAGGAUAAAAGCAUAGAAACACCAUAUUUUAAGAAUGUUAUACCCCGUAACCGAUUUAUCUCUAUCGCUACAAAUUUACAUUUUUCCAGUAAUGAUAUUUCCAACGACCCAUUAAUAAAAAUUCAAGAAGUUUCUGAAAUAAUAAGAAAGAAUUUCAUUCGCAUGUAUGUACCAAAUAAAAAUAUAUCGAUUGAUGAAUCACUAAUACGAUGUAGAAGCUGUUUACGUUAUAUACAAUUUAUCAAAACUAAACGAGCGAGAUUUGGUACUAAGUUUCAUAAACUGUGUGAUUCUAAAACAAGAUACAUACACAAUUUUAAAAUAUAUGUAGGAAAAGAUAAAACUAAUACUGGAUCUGCUAGCAGAAAUGUUGUGAUAAAUUUGUUGAAAGAGAGUAGACUACUGUACAAAGGAUAUUGUUUGUUUAUUGAUUAUUGGUACAGUUCACCGUCUUUAUAUCGGGAAUUAUAUAAUAUGCGAACAAACGUAUGUGGAACAGCGAGAAUGAAUAGGAAAGAAAUGCCUCGGGAACUAAAAUUACUCCAAUUAGAAAAGGGAGAAGCUGUUGUAUUUUCUACAACAGAUAUGGCGGCCAUAAAAUGGAAAGAUAAAAAAGAUGUUGUUUUAUUAACAACUAUGCAUAAUUUAGAUUUUGUCGAAACGGAGAAAACAAACCUAUAUACCGGACAAAAAAGUUUCAAACCAACAGUAGUAAUAGAUUACGAUAAGAAUAUGGGUGGAGUUGAUGUUGGCGAUCAAAUGUUAAGCAAAUUUCACACUAUGCGAAGAUGUAAAAAAGCCUAUAAAAAUAUAUUUUUUUACUUCAUAGACAUGAUGUUACUAAACAGUUACAUAAUUUUCAAAAACAAUAAAAAAGAUCGAGCUUUUCAUGUUUACAAGCAAAAAUUGGCCGAAGAAAUUGUUGAAAAAUAUUUUGCAAAUGUAAGAAUAAGGGAGGUAUCAUCUAUCAAUGAUUCGUUAACGCGAUAUACUGGCCGGCAUUUCCCUAUACGGAUACCUCCAACACUAGCAAGGGGGAACAAAACAUCAAAGCGAUGCGUUGUAUGCUUAUCUAUGUUACUUCGAAAAGAAACAGUUUUUAAAUGCGAUGUUUGCAAUGUAGCAUUAUGUAUCGAUCAUUUUAAAAAAUACCAUGUUAAAUAAACUCUACGAACUAUUCGGAAGUCAUUUACGUACUGUAGAAAUUAACGAAAAUAAUAAAACUGCCGAUAUACGGCCGCGCGCGGUGAUACGGUCCAACUGUCAGUUGAACGCCGCUGAUGUCUGAACACAGAAACUUAAGUAGAGUCAUGAUGCAAAUGGGUUAAUUUCAGUUAUCCAACAGUGGAGCAGCAUUUAUAAAACACUGACAAAUAUAAUUGAUAAUUGAAAAUGAAGGUAUAAUUCAGCGAUAUUGUUAAUUAUUCAAGAAGAUUGCGUACUAACAUUUGCAGUAAAGCUCUUAUUCGUAAAAACUGUUCUUGAAAUAUAUUAAUACCGAUAUAAAAAGACUAUUUU